AACAGCUUCGACUUCUCCCCAAUCCCGUACGGUUUUAGCAAUCUUUCGAGGUUACAAUACCUUAAUCUCUCCAACUCAGAUUUUUCCGGUGAAAUCCCUCACGAUAUCUCGCAACUAUCCGGGUUAGUUUCUCUCGAUUUGUCCACUUCUUGGGACGCGAAUCUUCAUUUGCCCAACAUGGGCGACCUUGUUCAUAAUUUGACUGGGCUAAAAGAACUCCAUCUUUCUUUUGUAAGCUUGUCAUCCCCUAUCCCUCCUGUGCUAGCGAAUUUCUCUUCCUUGACAUCGCUUGAGCUUGGAUAUUGUGGAUUGAAUGGAGACUUUCCGGUCAGCAUUUUUCAGCUGCCAAAGUUGGAAAUCCUUGACAUUACUGACAAUUCCAACCUUUCUGGUUUUUUUCCCAAAUUGCAUUGGGGUUCUCCAUUGAAAUCGUUAUACCUUUGCCUGACCGAUUUCUCGGGAGAAAUACCCGCUUCGAUUGGAAAUCUUAGUCUCUUGAAUGUGUUACACGCUAGUGAGUGCUAUUUUUCGGGAUCACUUCCCUCUUCAUUGGGUAAUCUUUCUCAUCUCACUACACUAUUCCUUUCCGGAAAUAACUUGCAAGGUGAAAUCCCUGUUUCCUUUGCUGAUCUUACCCAGCUAUCGGAGCUAUGGCUCUCUUACAAUAAUUUGAGUGGUGAUACUUUGGAGUGGGUGGUCAACUUGACAAAACUUACCGACUUGGGCAUUUCAGGUAAUCGGCUAAGCGGUGGACUUCUAUCUUCAUUUGAGAACCUGAAGCAGUUGACUUUGCUCGACCUUUCCCACAACGACUUGCGCGGUGAUAUUCCAGGCACAUUGUGGAAUCUGAAGAAUCUUGAAUGGCUUUACCUAAGGUCGUUUAAUCUCAACGGUGUUCUCGAUGUACAUGAUAUAUUCAAACUCAAGAACUUGGGGAGUUUAGAUUUGUCCUUCAACAAUAUAUCAUUUACCAAGUCAUUCAUCAACGCCACUACAUCGAAGCUUGCCUUCUUAUCCUUCAAUUCAUGCAACUUGACCGAGUUCCCACAGUUUAUAGGCUACUUAAGCGAAUUGGUGUGGUUAGUCGUACCACACAACAGAAUCCGAGGGACCAUUCCCAGAUGGAUGUGGAACAAUAGCAAAGAAUCUCUCUCGUAUAUAGAUCUUUCUCACAAUCUUUUAAUCGGCUUCGAAAACAACCAGACCAGUCUUCCUUUGCCGAACUUGAGGUAUCUUGACGUGAGUUCUAACUUGCUAGAAACAACCCUCCCUGUCCCACCUCCCUUGGUCGUGCUAUACAACAUCUCAAACAAUUUCCUAUCUGGGAAAGUUCCAACAUCCAUUUGUGAAGUGAGCUCUCUUGCCGUGCUUGAUUUGUCCAACAAUUCUCUUAAUGGCACACUUCCCCCUUGUUUGGGUAGUAUUGGUCCUUUGAUUAUAUUGAAUCUUGCAAGAAAUAAAUUCGAGGGCAUGAUUCCUUGGAUUUACUCGGAUGGUUGUUCAUUGAAGAUGAUCGACCUAAGAGAAAACCGCCUAAGAGGGAUUGUUCCAAGAUCUUUAGGCAAUUGCGGAAUGCUGGAGUAUUUGAAUCUCGGUGACAACCAAAUUAAUGAUACAUUCCCAUUUUGGCUAUCGGAAUUGGCCUACCUAAAAGUUAUUGGCUUGCAGUCCAAUAUGUUCCAUGGACCCAUAGAAGAUGAUCUAAGCCAGCUUAACUUCACCAGUUUACACAUCCUAGACCUAUCCAACAACAGCUUCAAUGGUGAACUUCCUUCCAAGCUGUUAAGGAGUUGCCCCGCCAUGAAGGUCAUCGUUGGUCAAGAUAAGUUGGCAUAUUUGAGUCUUUUUAAAUGGUUUUAUAAACCUUCUAUUUCAAUCAGCGAAAGUAUGACUUAUGCGGUGACAUUAAUGAGUAAGGGCACGAAAAGGGAAUAUGCGAAGAUUCCGGAUGUCCUCAUGGCGAUUGACUUCUCCAAUAACAAGUUCGGAGGGUGCAUUCCUAAACUGAUUGGAGAUCUGAAGUCACUCCGUAUGCUCAAUCUUUCAAACAACUUCCUCAUUGGUAGCAUCCCUCCUUCCUUGGCCAACCUAACAGUGCUCGAAUCACUGGAUCUUUCGGGGAACAAUCUUGUGGGAGAGAUUCCUCAACAAUUAGCCCGCCUCACAUUUCUUUCGGUUUUCAAUGUCUCUCACAAUCGUCUAUCGGGACCGAUACCACGUGGAACGCAAUUUGACACGUUCGGGAGCAGUUCAUUUGCGAUGAAUGAUGGUUUGUGUGGAAGUCCUCUGCCAAAUAAAUGCACAAAUGAUGAUAACGCUCCACCACCACCAUCAUCUUUCAUAGUAGAUAAUGAAGAAGAGUGUAUAUUCGACUUGGAUUGGAGAAUUGUGCUGAUUGGCGCUGGAGUUGGGUUUUUAGUCGGUGUUGUGCUAGAGAACCUAAUCAUUGAUGAGAAGAGUAGGUGGUUCUUGCACUACUCUAAGAAAAUGGCAAAAGGAUGGAAAAGGUGAGGAAAGCUCUAGCGGACAAGAAAAUAUGCAGCUAGAUACUUAAUGCUCUAUGUUUAAGUAGCUUGUUGAGAACAUUUACGCAUGCAUGUCUGAAGAUUCUGAUCUAUGUUUGUUUGCAUAGUUCAGUAUACUAUUAUGGAGAUGCUGUUUUCUUGCUCAUGAAACUUACAUUUUUUUAGGUUCUUAGAAGAAUGUCUGUCCAUAGAUGCAUCAGCAAUGUAAGAAUGUUGUGUUGUAAUAUUACUAGCCAAAUGACUCAAGAAUAUAGAGACUUAAUUGAGGUGAUUAGAUACUAAUGAAAAGCCAAUUAAUAUACAUGAUGGAGGACGAUGUAAAAAAUUUCGUUGUCCAUUAAGAACAAGAAGAUUGGUGUAAAGAUUUUCAUGGUUCACAAGUAGAAAGGGCCUUGCUUUGGUUCAUUGAAUGUAUAUUUAGAUGAAAUUUCAUAA